UCUCUCAUUCCAUAAUUCUCUGAAAAAAGAAUCAUUUUUUUUCGUUACCAGAAGCUCAGAGAGAGAAGAAGAGAUAGAAAGCGAAAGCAGAGCAACGGAGAGCAGAGCUUAGAAUUCUUCCAUACGUUCUCAGAACCAAAAGCAUUUGAAGGGGAGUCUUUUGGAUUGUUGAAGGAAAAAUGUGACUGCUUCUUGCGGGCUUUUGAAGUGGAGAUGGGAACCCGGUGAUGGAAAUCAUUUUUUCAUUAUUUUAUAUUUCGUUGAUUUUUUGUAUGUUCCAGUGAUUUUGGUUUCUCGGCGGCUUUUGAUUCUGCAGAGAUUCGAGAGGGAAUUACCUGUCUUGAUAAUUUUAAAUGGGUUGAAUUUUUUUGAGGUGUAAUUUGAUUCUUUUUGUGGUGAUGGAAGUUAUGAACACAAUGGAGACAAGAAAUGUGGAUUUGUGGAAGGACUAAUUAGCAGGAGUUGUUCUUCUGUAGUCUCGAAUUUAGAUCCAUACUCCGUUGUAGAUAAUUCUGUCGGAGAGGUGGACUGGUGGUGUGAUGCUCUGCUUUGAGUUCCAAAAUACGGAUUUCUUAUUAUUGGCUGGAUACGCGUAGAUUGGUUAAAUUGGAAGUGAAUCACAUGGCUAGUUCAAGUGAAAGGUGGAUCGAUGGUCUCCAAUUCUCCUCGUUGUUUUGGCCUCCACCACAAGAUGUUCAGCAGCGGCAGGCUCAGAUAAAUGCCUAUGUUGAAUAUUUUGGUCAGUUCACUUCAGAAAGGUUUCCUGAUGAUAUUGGUGAGCUUAUCCGGAGUCGCUAUCCAUCAAAAGACAAGCGACUUUUUGAUGAAGUAUUGGCAAUGUUUGUCCUUCAUCAUCCAGAACAUGGGCAUGCUGUUCUUCUUCCAAUUAUAUCAUGCGUAAUUGAUGGUACAUUGGUGUAUGAUAAGAGCAGUCCUCCAUUUAGUUCUUUCAUUUGUUUAGUCUGCCCAAGCAGUGAGAAUGAAUAUUCUGAGCAAUGGGCUCUGGCAUGUGGAGAAAUUUUACGGGUAUUAACUCACUACAAUCGUCCAAUUUACAAGGCUGAACACCAGAAUAAUGAAGCUGAUAGAAGCAGCAGUGGCAGUCAUGCUACAACAAGUAACUCUACAGAGGGGGAAUCCUGUCAUUCAGCUCUGUCAAAGCAAGAGAAAAAACCUUCACGGCCAUUGUCUCCCUGGAUUGCUGAUAUAUUGCUUGCUGCACCUUUGGGUAUUAGAAGUGAUUAUUUUCGUUGGUGUGGUGGGGUCAUGGGUAAAUAUUCAGCUGGUGGAGAACUUAAACCACCUACUACUGCAUGUAGUCGUGGAUCUGGAAAGCAUCCUCAACUUAUUCCAUCAACUCCAAGAUGGGCUGUUGCCAAUGGUGCUGCUGUUAUUCUAAGUGUUUGUGAUGAUGAAGUUGCUCGCUAUGAGACUGCAACUCUGACAGCAGCUGCUGUACCUGCACUGUUGCUUCCUCCUCCAACAACACCUCUUGAUGAGCACCUAGUGGCUGGAUUGCCAGCUCUUGAGCCCUAUGCACGUUUGUUUCAUAGAUAUUAUGCAAUUGCUACUCCAAGUGCCACUCAAAGACUUCUGGUUGGACUUCUGGAAGCACCUCCAUCAUGGGCUCCAGAUGCACUGGAUGCUUCUGUACAACUUGUUGAGCUUCUUAGGGCAGCUGAAGAUUAUGCAUCUGGUGGAAUGAGGCUUCCAAGGAACUGGAUGCAUUUGCAUUUCUUACGUGCAAUUGGGACUGCAAUGUCCAUGCGAGCAGGUAUUGCAGCAGAUGCAGCAGCAGCUUUACUCUUCCGCAUACUUUCACAGCAUGCAUUGCUCUUUCCUCCACAUCCACUAAGGCAAACUGAAGGAGUUGAAGUUCAACAUGAGCCUCUGGGCAGUUAUAUUUCAUGCUACGGAAAGCAGAUAGAAGUGCCUGCAGCAGAAGCCACUAUUGAGGCCACAGCCCAAGGAAUUGCAUCUAUGUUUUGCGCUCAUGGCCCUGAGGUUGAAUGGAGAAUUUGUACCAUCUGGGAAGCUGCUUAUGGAUUGAUUCCAUUAAGUUCCUCAGCUGUUGACUUGCCUGAGAUCAUUGUUGCAACACCAGUGCAACCUCCUGUAUUAUCAUGGAACCUGUAUUUACCACUGCUUAAAGUGCUAGAAUAUCUCCCUCGUGGUAGUCCAUCUGAAGCAUGCCUCAUGAGGAUAUUUGUUGCUACAGUGGAAGCAAUUCUGCGGAGAACAUUUCCUCCUGAAUCCUCCAGAGAACAAAUAAGAAAAUCAAGAUUUUUGUUUGAUUAUGGGUCUGCCUCUAAGAACCUUGCUGUGGCUGAACUCCGAACAAUGGUCCAUUCAUUAUUUUUAGAAUCAUGUGCCUCAAUUGAUCUUGCUUCACGCCUUCUAUUUGUUGUGUUAACUGUGUGUGUCAAUCAUGAAGCUCAGCCCAGUGGGAGCAAGAGACCAAGAAGUGAUGAUAUUUAUCCUUCAAAUGAAGUUACUGAGGAUUUUCAGGUAACAAAUGAGAAAAAUGGGGAGGUGAGAACUAGAAAAGUUAAAAGACAAGGGCCUGUUGCAGCAUUUGAUUCUUAUGUUCUUGCUGCUGUUUGUGCUUUGGCCUGUGAGCUUCAGCUGUACCCUUUGCUUUCAAAAACUGGAAAAUGUUCAGACUGUAAAGAUGCACCAAUCAUAGUAAAGCCUGAAAAAGUGAAUGGAUCUUCUAAUGAUUUAUGGAAUGGCAUGGGAGCUGCAAUUAAUCAUACUCGUAGGAUAUUACGAAUUCUAGAGGCACUUUUUUCCUUGAAGCCAUCUUCUGUUGGCACCUCUUGGAGUUACAGUUCAAAUGAGAUUGUUGCUGCAGCCAUGGUUGCUGCUCAUGUGUCUGAACUCUUCAGGCGUUCAAAGCCCUGCACGCAUGCUCUCUCCCUGCUGAUGCGAUGCAAGUGGGAUAAUGAGAUUUGCAACCGUGCAUCCUCACUUUAUAACCUCAUUGACAUUCAUGGAAAAGCUGUUGCAUCAAUUGUUAUCAAGGCAGAGCCACUAGAAGCAAACUUAGUACAGGCACCAGUGUGGAAAGAUGCCUCAGUAUGUACAAAUGGUAGAAAAAAAGUUAAUUGCCGAAACACUAACUACCAUGACUCUGGAUCUUCAUCAACCAAACAGUGUGAAAGUGAGAAAGAUCCAAUCCAUUCAAAUAACUUCCUAAAAUGUGAGAAAGAAUCACUUUCAAAUGAUGGUAUGAUUGAUACCAUGGGGAAAAGUAUAGCAAGUUUUUCAAAAGAUGCUUUGGAUUUGGCCAAUUUCCUUACAAUGGACAGGCACAUAGGAUUUAAUUGCAGUGCACAAGUUCUUCUCAGAUCUGUACUUGCAGAGAAACAAGAGUUGUGCUUCUCUGUUGUUUCACUGUUAUGGCACAAAUUAAUCGCAACCCCAGAAACACAACCAAGUGCUGAAAGCACUUCUGCCCAUCAAGGGUGGAGGCAGGUAGUUGAUGCCCUAUGCAAUGUAGUAUCAGCUUCACCAGCAAAAGCAUCAACCGCAAUUGUUCUUCAGGCGGAGAGGGAGUUGCAGCCUUGGAUCGCUAGAGAUGAUGAACAAGGUCAAAAGAUGUGGCGAAUUAAUCAGAGAAUUGUAAAAUUAAUUGUGGAGUUAAUAAGGAAUCAUGAUAACCCAGAGUCUCUGGUAAUUUUGGCAAGUGCUUCAGAUCUUCUUCUACGUGCCACAGACGGAAUGCUCGUUGAUGGAGAAGCAUGCACUUUACCUCAGCUAGAGGUAAUAUCUCAAGAAAAUAGAUGCUAUUGUUUCUGUUAUGAAUUCAAAGCAUUACUCCAUAUGUGGUGGCUUUUGGGUGCAAAUGAUUGCAUAUUCUAUUUUUGUUGAUUUGAUUCACCGUGGAAAAUAAAUUUUCUCUAGUUUUUCUUGUUUGAUAGUGCUUACUAGCAUUUCUUGGCAUCUCUCAUCUCAUAAAUAUUAGAUUUAUAUCUGGAGCUGUAAAUGUGCUGGGCUGGGCAGCCUUAUCUGAUUUUGGACUGCAUGAACCAAACCUGAGCCAAUUUUAGUCUGAGCCUCAAUUUAUAUAAGCUUGUGUAGAAAAGUGAGCCUGAUCCGGGCUUGUUAUUAUAAUUU